CACCUCAAGCCUCAGUGCACACACACUCACACAUACAUUCAAACCACUGCUAUCCACCAUUACCACGGUCGCCGUCGUCAUGAGAGCCGGGGUGAGAGUGUUGCUGCUGGUGCUAGCGGCCGGCGUGUGUGUGUCGCACGCACAGAACAACAAUGGCAACGACAACAAGCCGCCGGCGCAGCAGCAGCAACCGCGCAGCAUCUGGGACGACCCCAUCAGGUUCAACACCAAAGCCAGGGAUGCCUGCACCAUGGUGGUGUCCGGCGCUGGGGACUACACCCGCCUUAGAGUGUCCUGCAAGGGUCCCAGCCAGGGCCAGAGCCAGGGGCGUUCUUACUACUGUGAUUUCCAGGGCAAGCCUAACCUCUGCCGCGCCUACAACACCAGCCCUCGCCACUACUUCACCCAGAUGAUGUGGGACAUGCGCAAGCAGAACCAUGCGUGCCAGGGACCCAAAGUCUUCCGCCCCCAGAUGUGUAAGAAGUACCCUGAGGAAGCCCACAUGACCUUCCUGGCCUCCUGGCCCAAAACCACCACCCCUAAGCCUGCCAAACCCGUCGUGGAGCGCAAACCCAUUACCUCCCAGUCCAAGCCUGUCACCACCAAGGCCUCCCCAGCCCAGCCCAAGCCCCAGCCUGCCAAGCCCCAGCCUGCCAAGCCUGGCAAGGGCCCUGUCAAGAAGCCCACAGUCAAGCCUGGGAAGACCACCACCAAGCCCACGGAGCAGCCCGACGCCAAGGCAUCCCGUCUGGCACAGGAGUACUGCUGGAAGAGCUUCAAAGGGAUCUGCACCUACUUCAUCAGCUGGUUCCAGAACUGAGGGAACACAAGAACACAUGCAGAACACAGCCGGGGUUCGUAACAUCAUCGACAGAGAGUAACACCAGCUAACAUGAGGGCCUGGGGUGGUGGUGUGUGGAAGGCCGGGCAGAACAGUCCUGCGUCCACAAGCCCUCCUUCUCACCUCAAACACCCCAAAACAACCAACUGCAGUAGAUCACAAUCUAACGUCUGUUCAACGUUUAAGUGUGUUGUUGUUUCUCUUUGUUUCUGCUCAUUCAUCACAUCUCUUUGUACAUGAAUCAUUAAAUAAAUACUGUGACACACACAAACACAGACACACACACAUAACAGUAGAUAUGAGACUUGUGAUUUUGUUUGUAUAUUCUGUAAUAUUCCCACGUCAUGUAACGCUAACACACAUCAUCUGAAAACAUGGAGAAUAAACUAAAAAAGUGAGCAAUAAAGUUUAAGAUACAGAAGCGUGAAUGUAAACAAAAUAAAGUUAGAAUGGGGACUUUUUCUCCUGUGUCCUCAACUUGUCCUG